AUGUCUCAGCGCCUCCACUGUCCCCACCUGACCUCAGAUGGUACGCCACAGGAUCUUCGAAGGAGCACAGAAGUGAAUGGGACCAUGAUACGGCUUGGUAUUCAUAUGCUUACGGAGAUAAUGAAGAGGCCACCACUACCUCCUUCGAAGAUCCUGAUCCACGUCACCUGCCAAGCUUCCGCCUAUGUCGUCGGAGUAUCCGGAUGGUUCACCGGACUGAAAUUAGGCAGCGACUCCGUCGGAAUCGAAUACAACACUCACCACAACAUCGGAAUCACACUUUUUUCCAUAGGAACCAUUAAGACUGGUUUUCAAGUGAUUGAUGUGGAAGAUUCAUUUGAUUUUAUUGAGCUUGUUUCAAAGCGUGAUGGCCCUGUCACUUUCCUACAGUUGCUGCAUAUUCCUGCAAACCCUGAUGGCAAUGAGAAGUUCCUAUCAUUACAUCUGUUGCUAAUAGUGGUUGCAAGUGAUGAAGCCACCGGGUCCACCAUGGGUCAAAACCGAUGCUAUUUGAGUCCAACUGGCAGGGAUGGUUCAGUUGUGUCUCAUCAGUUUCACUGGUUCCCUGGUAAGACAAGGGCUGGAAUCUUUCAAGUAAAUUAUGCCCUUGUAAAGGUUCUUGACAAACUAGAAAAUAGCUCUCACACUGUUAAGGGUGUCAAGUUAAUUGGUCAAGAUAACAAAGCACUAUCAGUUAUCUUGUUGCCUCUCAAAAACAUGGUGUACAGGUGGUCUCUUGGGGCGAUUAUGUUUGAAAUGCUUGUAGAGUAUCCACCUUUCUACUCUAAUGAUCCAAUGUCAACUUGCAGGAAGUUUCUAUGGGUGAACUUGAUCAUGGACACUUGCGGUGCAUUCGCUCUAGCCAUUGAACCGCCAAAUGACGGACUCAUGAAUAGACUUGAUUGUGAUUUCUAUUUGGAUAAUACUGCAUAG